UGUUUUCCUCUUCCUCCUCAUUUUGUUGAGGUAUUCCUGUUUAUUUUAUUGAAAUGUAAAUUGAGUUUAGAUUGUUGGUAAAUAUGUCUGGCGAUCCCCUUGCUUAUCAGCAAAAAAGGAAUUCUCAACACAGUAAUUCAGAUGAAGAAGAUGACGCAGAAAAGAAUUCAUGCAUAAGUUAUAAAGAACGAAGACGAGAAGCACAUACACAAGCUGAACAAAAAAGAAGGGAUGCAAUUAAGAAAGGUUAUGAUACUCUCCAAGAACUUGUGCCAACUUGUCAACAAACUGAUAUUUCAGGGUAUAAAUUAAGUAAGGCAACAGUACUUCAAAAGUCUAUUGAUUAUAUUCAGUACUUGCAACAGCAAAGGAAGAAACAGGAAGAGGAAAGAAACACUUUGAGGAAAGAAGUAAUAGCCCUUCGAAUUAUGCAGACCAAUAUUGAACAGAUAGUGAAAGCUCAACAAUCUCAACCCGGCCAUACCGAAACACCAGUUUCUGAUGAAAUUAAGUUUUCUGUGUUUCAGGCUAUAAUGGACCAAUUGUUUGCGACAUUCAGCACAGUGUCAGUUAGCAACUUUUCAGAACUAUCAGCUGGUGUUUUUACUUGGCUGGAAGAAUAUUGCAAACCCCAAACUCUGAAAGACACUGUCUUCCAAGUCUUACAUCGACAUAACAUUCAGAUGAGGGGAUCAUAAAUGUUUCUCCCUUUAAUAAGUAGUUAUAUUAGUUUGUAGACGCAAUAGUUAUUUUAUAACUUGUAUAUAAAAAAUGAUGUGCCAACUUGUCUUUUAUUUUAAUGCCUCCUUUAAACGGGCAACCAAUUGUAUUAUAUUAUAGCUUUAUGACGAACUGUAAUAUUAUAUAAUUAUAGUGAUGCGUAAAAACAAACUUUCCUAUAUUAAUGUUGUUU